AUGAGACUAGUUUUGUCAACCACACUCUUUCUUGUAUCAUCCUUAUUCUCUUCGCAAUGUUCAUCAUCUUCUUCGUCACUCAGAAAGGGCUCUUCCCUCUCAGUGGAAAAUCCACAAGACGUUCUCAUCUCACCAAACCGCACCUUCUCCGCAGGCUUCGUUGGCAUCGGCGAAAACGCAUAUUCCUUCGCAAUAUGGUUCACGGAGCCUCACUUCCACGCCCCCAACACCGCCACGUGGAUCGCAAACCGUGACCACCCCGUUAACGGGAAACGCUCCAAACUUUCCCUCACACACUCCGGUAACGUAGUCUUGGUGGAUGCUUCUUUCAACACCGUUUGGUCUUCAAACACCGUUUCUUUCGCCCCAUCAGAGUUGCAUCUCGGAGAUGAUGGCAACCUCGUGUUGCAUGACUCGAGAGGAACCAUUCUGUGGCAAAGUUUUGAUUUUCCAACGGAUACUCUUCUUCCGGGUCAACCUCUCACUAGACACACGCAGCUUGUGUCUUCGAGAAGCGAGAGUAAUCACUCCUCGGGGUUCUAUAAGCUCUUGUUUGAUGAUGAAAACGUUCUUAGUCUUCACUAUGAUGGUCCUUCUGUUUCAAGCUCUUACUGGCCAAAGCCUUGGUUGCUGAGUUGGGAUGUUGGUAGGACUUAUUUCAAUAGUAGCAAGAUUGCAGCGUUUGAUUCUCUUGGCCUUUUCAACUCUUCGGAUAACUUCACUUUUGUGACAUCUGACUAUGGCGCGGUGCUGCAAAGAAGGUUGAAACUGGAUUGUGAUGGGAAUGUGAGAGUGUAUAGUCGAAUGAGUGUGUUGGAGAAAUGGUAUGUUUCGUGGCAAGGGAUUUCUAAUGGUUGCUUGGUUCAUGGGAUUUGUGGAGCCUAUAGUACAUGUGGCUAUGAUCCUAUGAUUGGGAAAACAUGUUUGUGUCUUCCGGGGCAUAGGUUGAACAAUUUCAGUGAUUGGUCUUAUGGGUGUGAACCCAUGUUUGAUCUCACUUGUGAUGGGAAUGAGUCUAGCUUCUUGGAGAUGCGCGGUGUUGAGCUUUAUGGCUAUGAUAAUCACUAUGUGGAAGUGAGUAAUUAUAGUUCUUGUGAGAGUUUGUGCUUGCGAGAUUGCACAUGCAAGGGGUUUCAGUACUCCUAUAGCGAUAAAAAAGGCUUUUUCAGGUGCUAUACAAAGACACAACUGCUCAAUGGACGGCGUUCCCCGAAAUUCACAGGAUCAACAUACUUGAGAUUGCCUAAAAAUAGUAGCUUCUCUGUCAAACAAUCUGCUGUUGAAACUGUUCAUGAUCAUGUUUGUUCGGUUCAACUUCGAAGAGAUUAUAUCAAAGCACGUGUAAGCCAUGUUGCGACGGUUUUCCAGUGGUUUGCUACGGCAUUUGGAGCAUUGGAAAUGGUUAGCAUUUUUGUGGUUUGGUUCUUAAUUAGGACCAACCAAAGGACUAAUGCGGAUCUGCAGGGCUACUAUCUUGCAGCAACAGGUUUCAGAAAAUUUAGUUACUCUGAGCUGAAAAAGGCUACAAAGGGGUUCAGGUAUGAGAUUGGAAGAGGUGCAGGAGGGGUUGUGUACAAAGGUAUUUUAUCAGAUCAAAGAAAUGCAGCAAUAAAGAGACUCUACAAUGCUAAACAAGGAGAAGGGGAAUUUCUUGCUGAAGUAGGCAUCAUUGGGAGGCUUAACCACAUGAACUUGAUUGAAAUGUGGGGGUAUUGUGCUGAGGGAAAGCAUAGGUUGUUGGUGUAUGAGUACAUGGAGAAUGGUUCUUUGGCUCAAAAUCUUGCAUCCAACACACUUGAUUGGAGCAAGAGAUAUAAAAUUGCUCUUGGUAUGGCAAGAGUUCUUGCAUAUUUACAUGAGGAAUGCUUGGAGUGGAUUUUGCACUGUGAUAUAAAGCCACAAAACAUACUCCUAGAUUCCAAUUAUCAGCCCAAGUUAGCAGACUUUGGCUUGUCUAAGCUCCUCAACAGAAACAACCCCAACAAUCCAAGCAUCUCUAUGAUCAGAGGCACCAGAGGAUAUAUGGCACCUGAGUGGGUUUUCAACUUGGCUAUCACAUCCAAGGUGGAUGUUUAUAGCUAUGGAAUUGUUGUUUUGGAAAUGAUAACUGGGAAAAGUCCAACCACAAGUGUCCAAAACAUUGAUGGUGAAGAGACAUAUGAUGGGAGAUUGGUUGCAUGGGUGAGAGAAAAAAGUAGCAACACCAAUGCAUCUUGGGUAGAGCAAAUAAUUGAUCCUGCUGUUGGACCACAUUAUGAUAGCAUUAAGAUGGAAAUUUUGAUCAGAGUAGCUUUGAACUGUGUGCUGGAAGACAAAGAUUCAAGACCCACCAUGAGACAAGUAGUUGAGGUGCUUCAAUGUCAUGGAAGUGAUCAUUAGUGUUGAUCCGGCAUCCUUCUUCAAAAGAAAAUUAUAUUUGAGGCAUCGUCAAGCACUAAUAGUGAGCAUCUCCCUCGUAAAGACUUGAAUGAUUGUUGACCACCUAAGGUUUAUCUAGGACUUCCUCAAGAAAUUUUAAGUAUGUAUUCCAUUUCCCCAAAAUUUCAGUAAAAGAAACAAAAAUUGUACUUUCAAUUUGAGAAAAUUUCGAUUCUGGUUAUUAAUCUCAGAGAGCAACCACUUCUCCUAAUGUACUUGCCGGUGU